UAUUUGUGAGUUUGGCCACAACUUGUGGCCAAUAAGUAGCAUUUUGAAAAUUGUUUUCCAAUGCGAAAUAAAUGUUUAAAAGGCAAUCAACAUGUUUAUACGAUCAGCCAAAAACAAAUUCGAGACCGUGGAUAUUGUGCGCAGACUGAAGCGUCUAGUCGAAGGCACACUAUCCUCUUACCGGCGUUUGUUUUUGCUUUUAUUGUGCGUGUGCAUAGUUUUUUAUAUGCUGCCACCAAUGUUUCGUUAUCUAUUUUUAAGCCCAACAGAGCAAAAAGAUCCACACAGUAUGUGCAUGGACGACCGGUUAACGCCCUACAUCUUGCAGAACUACGAAUAUGAUGCAAACAUACGUCACGUGGCUCCUUUGAUGCCGGGCGAGAGAGACUACACGCCCUAUGUGGGUAACGGCUAUAUUGGGAUGGAGGUGUCGCACGGUGCGUCAUUGAAUAUAAAACAUGGGCGCGCUAUGCAGCUACCCAUACGCUUCCAUCCAAUAUUGUCCGUCUCGCAGAAUGGUGGAAAUACAGGCGAGAAAGAGGCAACCGUUGUUGAGUAUUUGACUGGAAUGGUGCAUAGAUUUCAAUGUUUCUCUGGCUACUUUGCAUCCUACACACUGUACGCACAUCGCACACAGCCCAACGUUCUUAUGCAAGAGCUGCAAAUCACCAAUACACGUAAUACAGUUGAGAGCAUUGAUCUUAUAAUGCCUCGCAAUCGUUUGCCAAAGUCAUCGAUGCGCAGCAUCCCACUGAGCGAUCCAGCACAAAUCGGAAUGCUCACAUAUAGUGCAUUGGAAGUUAUUUCGGGCACGGUGCAACCUUCGCCAGAUGAUCCGAGCAAAUUGAUUGUCGUAAGCAUUACAAAGCCGCAACUGGAAACAAAAUUGCAGCUGCGUAAACGUGGCACAGUACAAAUAAUUUAUCCCAUGAUCGUUGAGUACUCCAAGCCGGUAACAGAAAGUCAAUUGAAGGCGACCAUCGAGAAUAUCGAACAACAUUCAAUUCAGGCCAUGACUAAGCUACUGCAGAGGCUAAGUGCUAAGGCAUCUGGUUCCGGUUCGGUAAACAGCAUCAAUACGUAUCGCCAAGAACAUAUUAAUGUCUGGACAGAUCUUUGGGCAACAGGCUUUACGAUAAGCACCUCGAAGGCUGAAAAUAGUUUAAAUGGCGACCGCAUUAAUGCCACCAUGUAUGCGGUUCUAUCACAAGUUCGAAGCUUUGAGUUUGAAGACAUGACUGCCGGUUUGUUCGGGAGCUCGUCCUCCGUGGGCAUACGUGAGGAUAUUGCCAAGGCAUUGACUUACGCCGAGGGUUGCUACGACACAUAUCAUACGCUUCAGGCGGAGAAUCUUUGGCGGGAUAUGUCCACGCUAAGUCAACUCAAUUCGCUGGUGUCCUCUUGGAUGCUUACAUUGGAAAAGCAAGGCUGCCACAAUUUAAUACGUGCCGGUGCUUCGGGCGUCAUUCAGGCUAUGACCCUUAGUUUUGGUAGCUUUCGUUUUAGCAAUCAGCACUUGGAAUGCAAUAUGCAUCCUAAAUUCUUGCAUCGUGACUUUCACUUCAGGCGCCUUAACUAUGGCAAUAAAACGCAUGUCAAUGUAACAAUCAUUGUUAAGGAUGAUAACAAGGCGGUUAUCAAUGUGGCACUGGAUCGUUCCGAUCGCAGCUAUUAUGCAUGCGAUGGUGGCUGUCUGGAUGAACCAAUCCUACUAACCCAGAAUCGUCGGGAAUUUCCGGUUAAAUUGACUGAACCAUUAACUGCAAUAUUAUAUAUAACAGAGGAUAAGCAACACAUGGAGGAAAUUCAUCAUGCAAUACACGUGAAGGAAGUCGUGGAGGCUCCGGCGCACGAACAGCAUCUUAUAGCGCUGCAUAAACAUGGCCAUCAAUUGGGUGGGCUGCCCGCACUCUUCUGGGUCUCUGUCUGUGCAAUAAUCGUAGUAUUUCAUAUAUUCCUAUGUAAGCUAAUUAUCAAGGAGUACUGUGAGCCAAGCGAUAAGUUAAGAUAUCGUUAUAACAAACCGUGAUUCUAGUUUUAUAUAUAUAUAUAUUCAUACA